GCGGGAUGGCCUGGCGCGAGCUGAAGAAACAUGGCGGCCAGCAUGGCGCAAAUGUGUUCUAGAAGAAUUUUGCAAAAUUCACAUUGUCGUGGCUAUUUUAAAGGAGAGGUAAUUUGCUUGGGAAGCUUUUGCAGUCAGGAGAACUCACUGUUAAUGGUUAUUCGUCGUGUAAUAACUACAUCCAAGAUAAAAUUUGGAUCAAAUUUAAAUUUUAACAAGCGAAAAUUCCAUUCAAACUGGACAAGUACUGUCGCUCCCGACACAAAGUUACUAAAAGUUGCAAUCAUUGGUGAACCAAAUAGUGGGAAAUCAACGCUGAUAAAUCAAUUGGUUGGAGAAAAAAUUGUGGCUGUCACGGAGAAACCUCACACAACAAGACAAGUUUCAAGGGGGGUGUUUACUUCAGGGGGGACACAAAUAAUAUUGCUUGAUACACCUGGAUUAGUAACACAGUCUGAAGGAAAACGGUUAAAGAUGACCAGAGAACACAUAAAAGCACCCGGUGAUGCCUUAGAUGAUGCAGACAUUAUUGGGGUAAUUUGUGAUGCAUCAAAUAAAAGAACAAGAGACCGAAUUCACCAACAGGUUCUGCAAGCAUUGGAACAGCAUGUGAAUAUACCUUCAUUUUUGAUAUUGAAUAAGAUAGACAAAUUACGACAUAAAGUGGACCUGCUUGUGCUCGCCGCAGAGUUAUCCAAGGACCGGGGAAGAGAUGAAUGGGGUUAUACGGAAACAGGGGGGUGGAGUGAGUUUGAUAAUAUCUUUAUGGUAUCGGCAAGGCUAGGCAAUGGAGUACAAGACUUGAGGGAGUAUUUAGUGCUUAGAGCCACACCCUCUGACUGGUUGUACCCCCCUGACUGUGUUACUGACAUGGGACUGGAGAGCAGGGUGGCAGAGGUGUUCCGUGAAAAGAUGCUAGAGCUGUAUGAACAUGAGAUUCCAUGGCAGGUCAAACAGGUUCCUGUGUUAUGUGAGUUGAGGGAAGGAAACAAGUUGAGAAUUCAUCAGAAACUUUACUGCCGCAAGAAAAGUCAGAGAAAGUGUGUCCUUGAGAAAGUUGAAACACUGGAGACACUUGUGAAGAAAGAACUACAGGAAAUGUUUAACUGUGAGCUAGAUCUUAGUCUAGAUGUUGGUUUAUCUGAGAAGAUUGGUUUUAAAACUCCCCUUCCAAGUUACUGAAAUAAGAUAAAAGUCUGAGAUAACUGAAAAAAAAAAAAUGAAAACAAAAAACAAUAUAAUUUACAUUUAAUCAAAACAAAAAAAUAAUAAGGUCUACAAUUAUUAUAUACACAUCAGUACAAACUGCAAAUAUUGGCGCUUGGAAAAUGACAGUUCUAUAGAUCCCCAAUAUAUUUUGUUCUAAAUUAAAAAAAGGCAAACUAAAAAA